CAUAGGUAAAUAGUUUACAGGUGCCUGGUAGCAGCAACACUUGAGAAAAUGACAGAAUUUAAUCAUUUAAAAACAAAGGAGAAAGUGUUAAACAUCAAUGUUUUAAGUACAGGCUACGCCAAUUGGACAUAGAAGUAACAUGACAUAGGUAAAAAGGCACAAACAAGUAAGAAAUACGUGUAGUAUGCAGAAAAAGAACAGUAAAUUGGAGAGUUUUCUGUUUAGAAAGCUACCGGAACACCGUUAUGAAAGGAUUAGGGGUUACGAAUCUUGUGUUGUGGUUUCGGAGAAAGAAAAUAAGGCUUUCAAAUAUGUGGUUUUGGGAGAUGAAUGGAUUUACCUAACUGAAAACCCUCCCAAAACGAUACAGGAGUCUGUGGCUUUAGGAGACGUUAUUUCUGUUGAAUUGGUGAACGACUUUCCGGAUUUUCUUCUUGGAGAUGACAAGAAGAACAGCCAGCAUCUUGUUAUUACAUACUGGACAUCUGAACCGGUAAAACGUAGAUCCUUCCGGAAGAAAAAGUCUCCGAGGGGAUCGCUAUCUGAUCUCCAUGGCGAUCGUUCUAAUGCUUCCACUCCACUUAGUAUGGCAUCAUCGCAUGACCUUUGGUCAGAAGAUUAUGGGUACGCUAGUUUGUCCAGUCUUCAGCAUAACAGACCUGACAGUCGUGGAUCCGUAUCUUCAAACAGAGAGGUGCGAAAAGGAAACCUACCAAAAAAGAAGAAAAAAGGUGCAAAAACCCUUCACACCAUACAGAGUGAAAAUGAAGAAAUGUUUCUUAAAGCUCUUAAAGAAGAACUUGAAGAGGAUAUUUUAGAAGACUUAGAAAACCAAAGUGAACUUGGUGAAUCUGUGUCAAAGUCACAUGACUUACAUAAUUCCAAAAAUACAAGUAGGUCGAUAAAAUCGGUCCGCUCAACAAGAUCACACAGACCGCUACCAGAAUCUCCAAUGCCGAAUAAACAGGCAUUCCAGAAAACAAACAAUGAGAAAAAUGUGACUCCCAUAAUAGAUACAAAUGGUUUACCGAAGAAAAAGGGCAUGUCACCAGAACCGUCUCCGGAUGAUUUUGAUGAACCUUCAUGUUGUGUAAAAUGUUGUUCAUUUACAUUUGGAAAAAGUAAAGUGUCUCCAUUCUGUGGUUCAAGCAAAGCUGCAACACCAACUGAUCAAAACCGAUUAUUUAGUUCAUCUACUGUCAGUGCUAAUAAGCAAACAAUGUCUGAUGUGCAAAUUGAAGUGUCUUCAGUGCAAAAUGAUGAGCAUGUAUUUACCAAAAGUCAUCGACCAAGACUUCCUUCAGUUACUUCCUCAGUAACUACUUUGCGGGGGCAAGAGAGGGUUGGAACUCCUGCUCAAGAUGAUUUUGAAAGGCGCAGCGUGUUAAGUAUGGCAUCAGUGUCAGAUUUUGGUGGUUCCACGAAUCGUCUGUCUCUACUGGGUGUUGAAGGGAUUGCCGAGAAACGUCGAGCUGUGCUCAAUAUAUAUCUCCUCAGUAGUGUUUCACCGAUGUUGAUGCUUAUAAGGAGUGCCUGGAGUAAUUGUUUACUGUCAUCUACUCUAAUGUUGAACCCUGAAUGUAUUGAAACACCAAAGGGCAGUGUGUUGCGAGCCUCACAAAGGGGUAAGCAGGAACAACUGUUCCAGGAGUUGAAGAGAGAUCUUAUGAAACCAGACAAUGAAAUGGAUGACCUUUAUUACCUGCUGAAUGAGCUCAAACUUGCCACAGAGAAAAACUUCUCCCUCAAGAGAUUAUUUUGGAAGACUGCUGAUCUGUUCCAUUUCUGCGUAAAGACUUUACAACAUAUUCUACCCAAAUCUGCAGCAAGCAAGGAUGAAAACAAGAGAGCUGAUGAAUUUGAAUUUGUAACACUGCUGAUAGAGAUAUUAGGUAUGAUGUUUCAUGAGUCAGAGAUUAUUCAAGAAAGGACAGCUGCACUUAAAUCAGAAAGGGGUCGCUCAGUGGUUGCCUUGUUGAUGGUUUUGACCUGUAAUCCAGAGAUGCCAGAUAAAAACAAAUCUGCAGAGAGUGAAAAACUUUUGACAGACUUUACCAAAACAGCAUUGUCAACAGUGUUUGAGCUAUUUCUUAUGGCAAAACAGGCAAACUGGAGCUUCAUUGAAGGGAACUUUUACAAUAUUAGUUGGAUGGUAUCAACACUGGAAGAAAUACAGCAUACAGAAAAGUUUGUGGCUCGUGUGAUUGACAUGGUUUUGGCAAUGAUCUCACCAUCCUCGUCGGAGAAAAUGUCUCCAAAUGAUGCAGUUCUGUUGUAUCAGCAGUUCUUUAUUCUUGAAACAUUCCUACAGUACAGUCCGAAAGUGAAAACGUUCAUUUGUUCAACAUAUACUGAGGAGUUCAAAUAUUUUGUACAGCCACAUGUGAUAAUGAAGAAGCUGCCUCAGUUUUAUCCAUUAUAUCAUAUCCUCAUAUCACAGAUAGAAGAGGUCGUCAAGAAAGUUAUACCUCAACGCAACACAGGAAAGGACAAAUAGACUGCCUUGUUUUCACUGCAGAUGAAAAUACCUGGAGACAGUGGAUUUUAUAUGAUCUCUAGAGCAGAUUCUGAUGUUAUGUUUUAUUACUUUGUAAGAUGUUGUGAAAAAAAAAAUCAUGUCUACAUAAAUAUUUGCUUUUAGAAAGCCAAAAUAUCUUCUGCAAUUAAUAUCAUAAUAAUAUAUAUGGCAGUUUGUGACUUAAAUUUGCAUUAGAAAACAAGGAAUUUAAAAGACAUCUAAAAGAAAUUUUAUGUUAAUCAGGUACACACAAAUUGUGUGUGGAUUCAAAAGAAUGUUUUCUUUUUAACAGGCUCAGUUUUGAGAAAAAAAAUAUUGAAUGAUACAGAUAAUAAUCAUAUUGUGCCAAAAAUUAAAAUUAAAAUAUGGAACACAAUGUUUUAAUCCAAAUUGAAAAUGAAAAAAAACAUAGCUUAUAAAAUGGACCUUUUAAUUUGUUCAUAUUUUUUAAUGAAGGUCCUCUUAGUUGCUUUGAUGUAUGUAUAAUAUAGUCUAAAAAUAUGGUAAAAUCACUAAAAUGGUGUUUUUAACAGGUCAUGUAUGUUCAAAUGCUAGUAUAUAAAAAAAAGAAAAUCCUAGCAAUGUUUUGGAUAAAGUUAUAUUGCUGCCUAGGACUUUGUAUGAUAAAAAUCUUUACAAGCCAAAUUUAUCAGUUGUGAUUGUUUCACUGUUUACAGCAGAAACAGAACAUGUUAGGAACCUAUUCUCCUUCAGUCUUGGUACUUAGAAAAUUAUAUAAAUUCCAUUUAUGUAGCAGUACUAUGUUUUCAUGAGGUUUUUCUUAUUACUAAAAAAACCUGCAUCUUUCCUUGUCUACUACCUAUUCUUGCUUAAGCCAAUAUCAGUAUUUAUAUAUCUUUUGCACUAAAUGUUAAUACAUUGUCAUAUGUGACAGGUAUCAAUGUAGCAGAUGUGACACCCUGGUUCUCUGGAGUAAUUGAGCACAUGAUAUAGUUCUUUAGAUAAUGCACUAACUUUUGGCUGCCAUUUACUUUACCCUACCCACUGUAAUUUAGGUGCCAAUUUAGGCAAGUGUACCUACAGUAUAUUGAUCUGCCAUGUUGGUUUUAAUGUUUGUUGCCAGACUUGAAUUUUGGGUGUAUUAUGUUUGCCAUGUUGUAAUGAAACUACAGUAAAAGUUUAGUGCUGUUUCAUUUUGCUGGAAGGAAAAUACCACCUGCGGUUGAAUUUAGGUUGUAAAUUUUCAGCAUGACUUCCUACUGAUGGCUUUCAAAAUCAUCCUGCCAGGGAUUCGAUCAGUUAGAAACUUGAAACUUAAAUGGUAUGCUUUUAUAGCACUUAUGCUGAUAGAAAGUGUUAGACAAUAAACCAAAGAUUUGGACUUGCAUUUGUACAAAACUGCACAGAAAACUUGUUAAGCGGUUGAAAACUGGUUGUGCCGGGAUAUUGCUUUUAUAUUCUGACUUCUUAUUUAGGGGUCAUGCAUGAAGGAAGUGAUUAUGAUACCUAAAUCAUUUUUUAGCUCAUCUGAUUUUUUGAAAAAAAAUGAUGAGUUAUUGUCAUCACUUGAGCGGUUGUCGGCGUCGGCGUCGGCGUCUGCGUCGGCGUUGCCUGGUUAAGUUUUAUGUUUAGGUCAGCUUUUCUCCUA